CGCUUCUUCAAACAACAGUUAAGACACCUCUGUCCGAUAUAGCAUUCAUAAUAAAGCUCUUUACAGAGAUGUAUUAGCCACUGUGUCGUGUUUACUUGGUGUUUAAAACACCAUUCUGUCGUGUUUACUUGUUACGCUUAUUUUAAUUUCAUUAUUUACGUUUGUUGUUUUGCCGACUGGCUCGUUAAAGUUAGCAAUAGCCUAGCUUAAUCCCCGAUAUGAGCUCACUUAGCUUCGCUCUUGUUAAAGAAGAGGAAGAGGAGGAGGAGGUCUGCUGGACGGAGAAAGAAGUUGUUGUGAAAGAGGAGGAGGAAGAGGAGGAUGUUACCAUAAAACAAGAAGUAGAAGGUGAGGCUGUUACAGUGAAAGAAGAAGAGAAAGUCGUUUCAGUGAAAGAAGAGGAAGACGCGUUCAGAGUGAAAGAGGAGGAGGAUGAAGAGGAGGAGGCAGAGACAGGAGAUCUGAUUAACACUGGAGAGAGACGUGACUGUCGUGGAUCCUCUGGGGAGCCUCAACAACAUCAUGAUGCUGACGAGGCUGAGAAGAGUCUCUCCAGAUCAGAACACCUCAAUAAACACCAGCGGAGAUCCACAGGGAAGAAACCUCACCACUGCUCUGACUGUGGGAAGCGUUUCACCACUUCAACAGAACUUAAAAUACACCACAGAAUCCAUACAGGAGAGAAACCUUACAGCUGCACUGACUGUUUGAAGAGAUUUUCUCAACUAGGGAACCUGACAAAACACCAGUUGACACACACAGGAGAGAAGCCUUACCAGUGCUCUGACUGUGAGAGGACCUUUUCAACAUCACAGCGUUUAAAGCUGCACCAGCGAACGCACACUGGAGAGAAGCCUCACCACUGCUCAGACUGUGGGAAAAGUUUAACCUCCUUAAGUGAACUGAUUAUACACCAGCGAACACAUACAGGAGAGAGGCCAUAUGGCUGUGAUCAAUGCGGGAAGCGAUUCACUCAGUCAUCAAACCUGACUGUACACAAGAGAAUACACACUGGAGAGAAGCCUUAUCGCUGCUCCAACUGUGGAUUGAGCUUUACUACCUCAAGCUAUCUGAUAACACACCAGAGAACACAUACAGGAGAGAAGCCUUAUAGCUGUGAUCAAUGUGGGAAGAGUUUUACUCAGCCAAGUCACCUGAUUGUACACCAGAGAAUACACACAGGAGAAAAACCUUACCACUGCUCUGACUGUGGGAGGGGUUUUGUUAGAUCAUCACAUUUAAAAUCUCACCAGAGAACACACACGGGAGAGAAGCCUCACCACUGCUCUGAAUGUGGGAAGAGGUUUGCUUUAUUAGACAUACUGAUAGUGCAUCAGAGAACCCACACUGGUGAAAAGCCUUACCACUGCCCGGACUGUGGGAAGAGAUGUACGACCUCGAGUAACCUGAUAUCACACAAGAGAACCCACACCGGAGAGAAACCUUACCACUGCUCUGACUGCGGGACAAGUUGUUCUACCUCAAGCAACCUGGCAGUACACCAGAGAACACACACCGGAGAGAAGCCUUAUGGCUGUGAUCAGUGUGACAAGAGAUACUCUCAUUCAAGUUCUCUGAUUAAACAUCAGAAAAUACACUCAGGAGAUCCACAGAGUCUAACAUCUCCGACCAUGAGGUCACUAAGCUACUCUCCUGUUAAAGAAGUGAAAGAGGAGGAGGAAGAGGAGGCUGUUACAGUGAAACAAGAAGAGGAAGACGCGUUCAGAGUGAAAGAGGAGGAAGACGCGUUCAGAGUGAAAGAGGAGGAUGAGGAUGUUACAGUAAAAGAAGAGGAUGAAGAGAUGGACAUUUCAGUGAAAGAAGAGGAAGAAGCGUUCCGAGUGAAAAAGGAGGAGGAUGUUAAGGUGAAGGAGGAAGAGAAAGAGGAGGAUACCGUGUUUGAAAUGAAGGAGGAAGGAGAGAUAACUGUCAUACUGGAGGAGGAUGAGAUUGGAGAUCUGAUUAACACCAGAGCGAGACGUGACAAUCGUGGAUCCUCUGGGGGGCCUCAACGACAUCACGAUGCUGACGAGGCAGAGGAGAGUCUCUCCGCAUCAGCACACCUCGAGAAACACCAGCGGAGACCCAAAACGAAAACUCACUGCUGCUCUGACUGUGGGAAAGGUUACAAAUAUUCAUCAGCUCUUAAAAAACACCAGAGGUUCCACACCGGAGAGAAAGUAUACCACUGCUCAGACUGUGGGAGGAGGUUUACUUCCUCAGUCGGAAUGCAAUUACAUCAGAGAACCCACACCGGAGAGAAACCGUACCACUGCUCAGAUUGCGGGAUGGGUUUUACUACCUCAUGUAGACUGAUAUCACAUCAGAGAAUCCACACUGGAGAGAAACCAUACAUCUGCUCUGACUGUGGGAUGAGUUUUACAACCUCAGGUGGAAUGAUAUCACACCAGAGAGUACACACUGAGAAGACUUUUGCUGCCCGGACAGCCCAGGCUACUCACAAACGAAUCCACACUAGGGAGAAACCGUUUCACUGCUCCGACUGUGGAAUGAGCUAUAUUACCUUCAGCGGCCUGAAAACACACCAGGCUAAACAUACCGGAGAGAAACCGUAUAGCUGUGAUGUAUGUGGGGAUAGUUUUUCUCUCUCCACAACACUAUCUAUUCAUAAACGAAUACACACAGGUGAGAAACCUUACCACUGCCUUGACUGUGGAAUUAGCUUUUCUGCCUCAAGUGGCCUGAGAAGACACCAGAGAAAACAUACAGGAGAGAAGCCUUAUAGCUGUGAUCAGUGUGGGAAGGGUUUUCUUCGAUCAGACUCCCUGGCAAAACACAAGGCAAGAGCCACAGAGUGUGGAAUGAUCUCCAACACCAGACCUGGUCAGCAGAUGGCGGUCUGGGAAUUUAAGGUGAUGCUGCUGCUAACAUCACCGACCAUGAGCUCCCUAAGCAACUCCCCUCCUGUUGGAGAAGAUGAGGUCUGCUGGACGGAGAAAGAGGGUCGGUGGCUGAACAUUGUCGUGAAAGAGGAGGAGGAAGAGGAGGACGUCACAGUAACACAAGUAGAGGAAGAGGAGGUUGUCACAGUAAAACAAGAAGUAGAGGGUGAGGAUGUUACAGUGAAAGAAGAGGAAGACGCGUUCAGAGUGAAAGAGGAGGAAGAUAUUACAGUAAAAGAAGAGGAGGGAGAGAUAACUGUCAUAUUGGAAGAAGAAGAAGAAGAGGUUGUAGAACUGAUUAACACCAGAGAGAGACGUGACUAUAGUGGAUCCUCUGGGGAGCCUCAACAACCUCUUGAUGCUGACAAGGCAGAGAAGAGUCUCUCCAGAGCAGAAAACCUCAAGAAACCCCAGCAGAGACCCACAGGGAAGAAAUAUCACCACUGCCCGGACUGUGGGAAGAGUUACUCAAGAUCAGAUUCACUAAAAGUACACCUGAGAAUUCACACUGGGGAAAAACCUCACUGCUGCUCUGACUGUGGGAAGAGAUUUACCUCUUCAGCAGACCUUAAAAGACAUGAGAGAAUCCAUACAGGAGAAAAACCUUAUAGCUGUGAUCAAUGUGGGAAGAGUUUCACAACAUCUAGCCAGCUGACUAUACACCAGAGAACACACACAGGAGAGAAGCCUUACCACUGCUCUGACUGUGGAAAGCGUUUUCUUAAGUCAGGACAUUUAAAAUCACACCAGAGAACACACACAGUAGAGAAACCUUAUAGCUGUGAUCAAUGUGGGAAGAGUUUUACUCACUCAAGCUGCCUGAUAGUACACCAGAGAACACACACAGGAGAGAAACCUUAUAGCUGUGAUCAAUGUGUGAAGAGUUUUGUUACUUCUAGCCGUCUGACCAUACACCGGAGAACACACACAGGAGAGAAACCUUAUGCCUGUGUUCAAUGUGGGAAGGGUUUUGUUACAUCUAGCAGUUUGAUUAUACACCAGCGGACACACAGGAGAGAAAUCAAUGUGGCAAGAGAUACUCUGGUAAAAAAUCUCUGAUUAACUAUCAGAAAAUACAGCCUCCCGAGUGGCGCAGUGGUCUAAGGCAUCGUAGUGCUAGCUGUGCCACUAGAGAUCCUGGUUCGAGGCUCUGGGCUGGUGGAAUGCUUCGGUGCUGGGUAAGGACAGCCGGCGACGGAACCCGGAAGUGAAAGGGGAAUUUGAGAAACCAGAUAAGAUGGUGGGGUUUCUAGAAGUGCUGCCAUCUCCCCGGCUUUGGAACAGACCAUACUGGGUUUUUUGUCGCUUGUUCUUGGACAUACCAAUUAAUUAGCUACGUUUUAUACGUGUUUGUAACCAGAAUUCGUUCCCCAUUUAUACGGAAUUAAUCGGACUCAAAUCUACGGUGAUCAACCUGAAUAUAGCCUAGUUGUUCUUCCUGUCCAGUUUGUCGCCCAGUGCAACGUGGAUAGUAUCCACUUCCGGGUCAAAAACAACACAUAACACAAGACAUUUAAUGGCAAAUGACAGCGAAUCCUUAGCUACUUUCCUAGUCUGAGUACUAGUCUCUUUAGAUAACAUAUUGCCAAAGUCUCAACGUUCAAGAUGUGCUGAAUUUAAGACGAAGUUGCUCUUUGGUUGUUGUAAAUAACAUUAGUAUUUUUCCAGGACAACAUGUGAAGCCUCAAAAACAAAAUGUCAUUCGAAUUUAUAACAAAGUCAACGACUAUUAUUAAACUGUUAAUUAACAAUGUAAAAUUGUAUUGUGAGGAAUAAAAUAAUCAAGACGAUAA